AUGAAGGCGGUGCAACGCAUGGGAGGGAAGAUGAUGAAGCGGUCGGCGGACCAUCAUGAUGUGGGAGCUGUGAUUGGAGAGUUCAAGUCGACGGACGAUAUGCUUGACAGGCUCGAGAAAGAGUUGAAGGCUUGGAGAAAUGGAUGGGAUGACAUUCUGAAGCUGCAAUACGAUGCCAGCGAGGCUUUUGCGACCCUUUACAAGCCGAUCGAGCCAACUUCGUACCCAGAGCAGAGACAUGCACCUGAAGCAACACCACAAGGACAAUUGCAGAAAUGUCUUGCGCUGCAGAAGAUGUACUCGGAAACGAAGACGGACCUACACCAAGAGAUAUCUAUGAUCGAUAACAAGCUUCUAAGACCCGUCCAUGAAGCCAAAGCGGCCACGAAGCCUUUGCAUAAGACUCUGAAGCAUCGCGAAAACAUGAAGUUGGAUUAUGAGAGAUUUUUGAGCCGAGCAGAGCAUGCUAGAAAGAAGCAGAAUCGCACCAUCAAGGAGGAGUCAGCAUUGGCGAAAUGCGAGAGCGAUCUCCAACAGGCUCAGCUUGACUACGAGACUGCAGAUGAUCAGGUCAAGCAGACGUUUCCUCCCGUGAUUGAGGCUGUCCAGGCUCUACUACCACAUAUCCUCGCCAUCCAGAUCCAAGUGCAGACCACAAUCGUUGGGCAGCUGUACACCACUUUGGACGCAUACUGCAGACAACAGGACCUCCCAAGUCCGGCGCCCGGCAACGAGCAGAUUGUUGCAGCAUUCGAUCAGCAGUUCACGAGUUUCAGGAAGGAGGUCGAGGGUGGGCUAAGUGUCGUGGCGCAAGGCAAAGCUGUCAGGAUGCCCAUGGAUCUUCCAGACAAGCAAGGCAGUUCAUACACUGGUUUGGGGAUCAGGAACAAGGCUGGAAGCGCCUAUGAUAGCUCGAAGAACCUCGUCAGCCGGAACAAGACAAGCCGGGCAGGCUCACAACGCCCAGUGCCGCCUGCUGUGCCCGGAGCAGCAAAUGGAGCAACGAACGGUCGCAUAUCCUCUCCUGCUAUCACACCCGCGGAAGAAGAGGCCCCUCCGCCAAGACCGCCACGUCCAUCAGCUUCCCCGGCCACGUCGUAUGACCAUCGUUUCCCGUCCCCAGCAGUGUCUACAGGAUACACCAAAGCUGGGGCAGACUACUUCGGUGGGAUGCCGCCUCUCGAUCGGAAGCAGAGCGCGGCAAGCAUCGCAUCUUCUGCGGCAAGCGCUGUGGCUGCUGCCAAGAAGAAGCCUCCACCACCAGUACCUGUUAAGCGCAUUGGUUCCAGCCAAGGCACGUAUGUGACGGCAUUGUAUGACUUCGAAGGUCAGACUGCAGAUGAUUUGCCUUUCAGAGAAGGGGACAAGAUCAAAGUGAUCAAGAAGACGCAAAGUACUGAUGACUGGUGGGAUGGAGAGCUGAGGGGGAGGCGUGGUCAGUUUCCGGCGAACUAU